GCCUUGUGCUGCUACUGAUUGACCAACUCCAAGUGUCCUGUUGAUCUGAUCUGCGGACCUUGUCACUUCAGACUUUCUGCUGACAAAAGAAAAAGAGAGAGAGAGAGAGAGAGAGAGGAAGGAAGAAAGGCAAUGGAUCCUUUAGGGACCACCACGCUCUUCUUGGUGGUCUUUCUGGUCCUUCUGGUGGCCUGGAGAAAAGUGGAGGCCAAGAUGAGGAACUGGCCACCUGGGCCAACCCCUCUCCCCGUCAUUGGCAACCUCCUCCAGCUGAAGGGAACCAACAUUGCCGAACAGCUGAAGAAGCUGAGCGCCAAGUAUGGUCCUGUCUUCAUGGUGUAUUUCGGCUCAGAUCAGGUGGUUGUCAUCCAUGGCUACGAUAUGGUGAAGAAAGUCCUUCUGGAAAGUGGAGAUGAUUUCCUCGACCGGGGAAGCUUUCCAACGGCAGAUAAGGUCAACCGAGGACUUGGCUUAUUCAUGUCCAACGGUGAGCGUUGGAUCCAGCUCCGCCGUUUCUCCCUCAUGACCUUGAGGAACUUUGGGAUGGGGAAGAAAAGCAUUGAGGAACGGAUCAAGGAGGAGGCCCAGCACUUGGUGAAGGCACUCAAGGAGACCAAGGGCAAACCCUUGAGCCCAUCCAGGAUUUUCAACUGUGCCACAGGGAACGUGAUCUGCCACAUCCUCCUGGGCGAGCGGUUCAAUUAUGAGGAUGAAGAGUACCUCCAAGUCCUUCAAUUCAUCACCAAUGCCUUCCGGAUAGAAAGCAGCUUUGCAGGACAGCUCUACAACAUUUUCCCCUGGAUCAUGGACCACUUGCCCGGCCCACAUCAAACCAUGUUCAAGGAAGGAUUUGGUAUCCAGGACUUUAUCACUCAGAAGAUUGAGGAACAUGAGAGGACUUUUGAUGGCACAGAUGCUCCUCAGGACUUCAUAGAGGCUUUCCUCCUCAAAAUGGAGCAGGAGAAGAACAACCCCAAGACUGAAUUUACUACAGAGAAUCUGAUGAUGACCAUUAACGACCUGUUUGUUGCUGGGAUGGAGACCACCAGCACCACCCUGAGGUUCAUCCUGAUGCUCCUGCUGGAACACCCAACAGUGGCAGCAAAGGUUCAUGAGGAAAUAGACUCCGUGAUUGGGCAGGAGCGAUCACCCACCAUGGCAGACCGCCCCAAGAUGCCCUACACAGAAGCAGUCAUCCAUGAAGCCCAGCGAGUUCUUGACCUUAUCCCUUCUGGGCUUGUCCGAAAGGCAAAGAGGGACGUGGAACUGGAAGGCUUCAUCAUCCCAAAGGGUGCGACCGUCCUGACCAUGCUGACCUCGGCAUUGAAUUGUCCCAAGCAAUUUAAGAAUCCACACCGUUUCAACCCAGAACAUUUCCUGGAUGAGAAAGGGAAUUUCAAGAAGAACGAAGCUGAUGUGCCUUUCUCUGCAGGAAAGAGGAACUGUCUUGGUGAAGGACUGGCCCGGAUGGAGCUCUUCCUCUUCCUCACCACCAUCCUGCAGAAUUUCCGCCUGAAGUUCCCUCCUGGGGUCACCAAGAUCGACCUCACCCCAGAUGUCAGCGGCUUCGCGAACAUCCCACGUCAAGUCCCCUUCUGCUUCUCCCCACGCUGAGGAACUCGCUCUGCUCUCGUGAAGUUCUCUCCUUGAUGAUUAUUCGUUCAGUCACUUCUGACUCUUCAUGAUCUCAUGGACCAGCCCAGGCCAGAGCUCCCUGUUGGCCGUCACCACCCCCAGCUCCUUCAGAGUCAAGGCAGUCACUUCAAGGAUACCAUCCAUCCACCUUGCCCUUGGUCGGCCUCUCAUCCUUUUUCCUUCCAUUUUCCCCAGCAUCAUUGUCUUCUCAUGAUGUGGCCAAAGGACUUCAUCUUUGCGUCCUUCCCUCCAGUGAGCAGACAGACAUCUCCUCAGUGUAGAUGCUGCCAUUUUAAUUACAUGAAACCAAAUCUGAUCUUACCCAGACCUCAGUGGCAUCCUGAAUAUCCUGUGCAAAGUCCCAUUCUGAACAGCCCACUCUGCUUCUUGCAGUUCUCCUGAAGUUCUCUCCCGAGUUUCCAUUUUGCUGAUUUAAUUACCAGACUUUUAACCCUGUUGUGAUGCCUCAUCUGCGUCCAUUUUCACUUCCAAUGAUGACCUUACCUCAGAUCUCAGUUUGUUGUUGUUCAUUCGUUCAGUCGUCUCCGACACUUCGUGACCUCAUGGACCAGCCCAUGCCAGAGCUCCCUGUUGGCUGUCACCACCCCCAGCUCCUCAAGGUCAGUCCAGUCACUUCAAGGAUGCCAUCCAUCCAUCUUGCCCUUGGUCGGCCCCUCUUCCUUUUGCCUUCCACUUUCCCCAGCAUCAUUGUCUUCUCUAGGCUUUGCUGUCUCUUCAUGAUGUGGCCAAAGGACUUCAGCUUUGUCUCUAGUCUCCUUCCCUCCAGUGAGCAGCCGGGCUUUAUUUCCUGGAGGAUGGACUGGUUGGAUCUUCUCUCAGUCCAAGGCACUCUCAGAACUUUCCUCCAGCACCACAGCUCAAAAGCAUCUCUCUUCCUUCGCUCAGCCUUCCCUAAGGUCCAGCUCUCACAUCCGGAGGUGACUACAGGGAAUACCAUGGCUCAGAUCUCAGUGGCAUGCUGAAUAUCUCAUGCCCAUGCCCAUUGGUUUCCUCUAUUUAAAAUCCCAUUAUGAGCAGCCCGCUCUGCUCCCAGGAAGUUCUCUCCUCAAUGUCGAUGCUCCCAUUUUAAUUACAGGAAACCCAAACUGAUCUUACCCCAGACAUCCAUGGCAUCCUGUAUAUUCCACGUAAGUCCUGUUCUGAGCAGCUCAUUUUGUCCCAUGAAGUUCUUUCCUUGCUGUAGAUGCUGCCAUUUUGCAGCCAACCAGCCUGCCAAUCCUAGCGGCCACAACCUGGAUCUAUUGACACUCAGGACAGCAGAAGUCCUUUCAAGAAGUCCUGUUUCAAAAUGGGGCCAAAAUGCUAUAUUGCAUGUUUACAUUGAGGGAAGUCAAUUCUUUGGAGAGCUAUCUGUGCUGACAUCCUCUUUGGCCAUUGAGAAUAAAGCCUUUAACCCACCUGUGUCUUACCUGGCUCGUUGGAAGCUUGGCACUCCAGGCUCCAAACCCGUGGUUUUAGCUAAGCUAAAUGUUAGUAAACUUGCACUCCCUCAUCAUCUGUCAUUGCCAUUGCCAUUGCCAUCAUCUGACACUGUCAUUUAUCUGCAGCCGUAGUUAACACUGAUGAUGAUUGAUGAGUAUGAUUAGGUCACCUUCCCCCACCUCCCAAAAAAACCCCACCAGUAUGUAAAGUUGGUCAUGGUGAGUGUGUGUGCCAAGUCCAUUUCAGAGUUAUCAUCACAGUGGGACUCACAGUGCUCUCUGGAUGUGGGUGAACCAUAACUCCUCCCAUCAUGCAGAGUCACUCCGCCCCCAAAAGAAAACCCAACCAAUAUGUAACGUUGGUCAUGGUUGGUAUGUGUGCCAUGUUUGGUCCAGUUCCAUUGCCGGGGUGGAGAGGUUCAAAGUGGAAGUUCUCCCUGGAUGCAGGGUAGAUUGUAAUUCCCAUCAUCCAGAGUCAAUCUCUUUCCAAACCCCUCCAGUAUUUUCUGUUGGUCAUGGGGAGGAGGGUGUUUCUAUGCCAAGUUUGUUCCAGAUUCAUCACCAGUGGGUUCACAGAGCUCUUUCAAAGUGGGAGCCAUCUUGGAAUAAUAAUAAUAAUAAUAAUAAUAAUAAUAAUAAUAAUAAUAAUUUGUCCAACUAUAGUAUGCACAAAACGAUGACAGAUCUCAAGUGUAGACUCUGCAAGGAAGCAGAUGAAACAAUGGAUCCCAUCCUCAGCUGCUGCAAGAAGAUCGCACAGGCAGACUCCAAGCAGAGGCACAACACCCUUGCUCAGGUGAUUCAUUGGAACUUGUGCCACAAAAACCGUCUGCCUGCGACAAAGAACUGGUGGAGUCACAAGCCAGAAAAAGUUACAGAAAAUGAACACAUCAAGAUAUUCUGGGACUUCUGAAUUCAGACAGACAGAGUUUUGGAGCACAAUACUCCUGACCUCACAAUUGUGUUAAAAAACAAAGUAUGGAUGCUGGGUUUUGCAUUCGGUUGUGCAUGAUUGCUUUCCAAAAGUUCUACCUGUGCACAUUUACAAUAAAGUUUGGAUUUGGGUGG